AUGAUCUGCCGAACCUGCCUCCGACGAGCCGCAGGUUUCACAACCCGCCAAAUAACCCCGCAACCUUUCACACGAGCCCCGGCAGCGGCACGCUCCUUCACGACGACCCUCCGCACGCGCAAUGCCACCCCAACAGCACCCGCCGCCGCACCCGCAACAACUGCGGCCGAGCCGUCGACGCCCGACCUGACACCCCUCACGCCGCCGUCAGCCGCCGACAGCGAGGCCACCACCGGGCCGCGGUCCUCCUGCCCGGAGGGUACAGUACUCUCGGGCCUGAACUACAUCAAGGGCAAAAGCGACCCCGUUGCGCUCGCCGACGAAGCCUACCCGGCAUGGUUGUGGAACUGCCUGGAGGUGCAGAAGAAGGCCGAUUCCACGGCCGAUGCAGACACGGGAGAUGAGUUCUCCAAAUCCAAAAAACAGCGCCGCCUAGCCCUCAAGCGCAAGCGGGUGCAGGAGGCGCGGCUGCUGGCGUCGGGCGACCUGGAGGCGCUGGUGCCCAAGAUCCCGCUGCAGAAGCAGACCAUCAACCUGCCGGGGGCGGAGCCCGGGAACGUGGGGCAGGCGGUGGCGGCGGUGGACAAGCGCGAGGAGCUGCGGCGGGCGAUGCGCAAGGAGCGGCGCGCGGGGAUCAAGGAGAGCAAUUACCUCAAGGCGAUGUAA